AUGUACAUUAAGCAGAUUGUUAUUCAGGGAUUCAAGUCUUACAAAGAACAGACUGUUAUAGAGCCAUUCAGUCCUGCACACAACUCUGUUGUGGGUCGAAAUGGUUCUGGAAAGAGUAAUUUCUUUUGGGCAAUUCGUUUUGUACUUGGAGAUGCUUAUGGAAACAUGACUAGAGAAGAGCGUCAGGCUUUGUUACAUGAAGGAACUGGUCCUGCUACAAUCUCUGCGUUUGUUCAAAUCAUAUUCGACAAUACUGACAAUCGAUUCCCUACAGGAAAACCAGAAGUGACUCUGCGUCGCACUAUUGGUCUUAAAAAAGACGAGUAUUCUCUUGACAGAAAGAGUGUCACUAAGUCUGAAGUCAUGAAUUUGCUUGAAAGCGCUGGAUUUUCAAGAUCAAAUCCUUAUUACAUUGUUCCACAGGGUCGUAUCACUACACUUACAGUUGCAAAAGACCACGAACGUUUGCAGGUACUAAAAGAAGUUGCAGGUACCAAGGUGUAUGAGCAAAGACGGCAAGAAAGUGUUAAAAUCAUGGAAGAAACUCGACAGAAACAAGGCAAGAUUUGUGAACUACUUGCAUACAUCAACGAACGGCUCAGUGAGCUGGACAAGGAAAAGGAGGAGCUGGACAAAUUUCAAAAAGCUGAAAAAGAACGCCGAUGUUUGGAUUACUCUCUGUACUUUCAGGAACAAAAUGACGCAGCAGAGGCAUUGGCAGAACUGGAUUUACUUCGACAAAAUGAGAUUGAAAAUAAUCUUAUUCAAUUCAACGAACUCAGUGACCAUGAACAAUUUAUUCAAAAGUUGGAAGAGGAGCUACUAGCCAGCACUCAGGAGCUGCGCCAACUCACCACUGAACGGCAACAAAUUGAUGAUGAACAUCAAGACUAUAUUCGAAACAAGACCAACAUUGAGCUUACUAUAAAAGAUGUUCAAGAUUCAUCACGAUCCAAAGAAAAAAAUCAGGAAGAACUUGUGGCAGAAAAGGCGUCGCUCGAGACUCAGAUUGAAGCAAAAUCAUCAGAGCUUGACCGAGUAACACUUGAUUUUGAAGAAACAGCAACCAUCGAGUCUAAACUGCGCCAAAGUCUCCAACAGUCGACUGUUGAAUUGCAGUUGCUUGAGGCAGGAGCAGGACGUGCCAAACAAUUUAAAAAUGUCAAGGAACGAAAUCAAUGGCUCAAAUCUACUAUUCAACGAAUUCAAGUUUCUGUCAAGGAAGAAAUGGAUCAGGCUACUGGUCUUGAGAAUAGUAUCAGCCAUGCCAAAGCACGAGCCGAUACGAUUGUUUCUGAAAUCACUGCUUCAAAGGAUCAGUUGACGCAAAGCAAGGAUGAUAUAGAUGCUUGUAGGCAAGAGUUUAAUCUUCUUCGUCAGCAACGCGAGGAUUUUGAAGUCGCCCGCAAAAAUCUCUGGAAGGAAGAGGCUUCACUUGGCGCCUUUUUUGAAAAUAUUAAAGAUGAAACUCAGAAAUGCGAGCGAAUUCUGUUUGGCACCGCAGAUCGAGCGGUUUCCAAUGGUCUCAAAUCCGUCAAGCGAAUCACCGAGAAACUAAAACUAGAUGGCGUGUACGGUCCACUGUACGAACUGUUUACUGUAGAUAGUCGCUACCGCUGUUGUGUGGAAGUGAUUGCAUCCUCGAGUCUUUUCCACGUGGUUGUAGACAGUGAUGAAACUGCUACUCGUAUUCUUGACGAACUUUCUAAUGAACGUAGUGGUCGAAUUACAUUUAUGCCGCUUAAUCGUCUUAAAUCAUACGAGCAAAACUAUCCAUCAAUGGAUCAAGCUAUCCCAAUGAUUGAAAAACUUCAAUUUGAUGACCAGUUUAUCCAGGCAUUCAAACCAUGUAUUUGGGGCGUGCCAUCAUUUGUCCUUCACUGGAAAUUGCCUCUGGGAGAUCGAGCAGAUCGAAAGGGAGCGCUUUCGGGUGGAUUUCGAGACCAUCGUCAGUCUAGACUGGAAGCUGCUGAAAAGUUGAAAUUUUCUGCAGAUCGUCUUGCACAAAGCGAUGCACGACUUGCCGAAAUAAAAAACGAGAUUCGCAAGCAUGAUCAGCUUAUUACUCAAACACGAGACAGCAUAUCACGCUUAGAUCUUCGUCGUCGUGAGGCCAUGAACCUACGCGAGCCACUGAAUGAAAAGAUACAGUCCAUGACUCGCGAGGCAUUGGAUCUUGACGAAACGAUUAUUCAAAGAAGUCGCUCAUUGGCACAACUUCACACUAGUGUCAAAGGUCUCGAAGCUCAAAUUGCAAGCUUUGAAGCUGAACUAAACACUCCACUUCAAAGCUCACUCAGCUCUGAAGAUAAAAAGAGAAUGGACAUGCUGCUUGUUGAAACCCAAGAAUUCAAGUCAAAGCUGGGCCAAGUCGUUUCAAACCGUGUGCAGCUCGAGGGACAGCGUAAUAUUUUAUUGAUUGAGCUCAAUUCUAAUUUAAAACGACAGUUGGAGCGCGCAAAUGCCAAACUAGAGGUGUUGGUGGGUGGAGGAGAUGGUUUUGGAGAUAUUGAAGAACGCAUUGCUGAGAUGGAAAAACAACAAGAAUUGGCGAAUCAAUGUGUUAAUCGACUCAGAGAAAUUGAUGUGGAUCUUGACCAUCUUCGAACUGAAAUUAACCGAAACACUGAAAAACUGGAGCAGCUCAAAGUAGACAAGUCGGAAAGCGCUCAUGCCAUAGAACUUCAGCAACGGAAAAUGGAAAAAUUCAUGACUCGUCGUGCUCUAUUACUUAAAAAAAAGGACGAUGCACUCGGCAAUAUUCGCGAUCUUGGUGUUUUGCCUGAUGAAGCAUUUGUCAAGUACAAGGGCAUCAAUACUAAAACGUUAGUAAAGAAACUUCAUCAAGUCAAUGAAGCACUAAAGUUGUUUGGACAUGUCAACCGCAAAGCCUUUGAGCAAUACAACAAUUUUGCAAUGCAAAAAGAGCAACUCCAAGAGCGUAAAGAAGAGCUUGAUCAAUCGCACCAGGCGAUUGAGGACUUGAUUCGUGUGCUGGAUCAAAGAAAAGAUGAUGCAAUUGAGCAGACGUUUAAACAGGUCGCACAAAACUUUUCUGAUAUUUGGGAAAAGAUUGUUCCAAGUGGACAAGGCCAUCUUAUUAUGCUUAGGCGAAGCGAUGAGGCAUUUGAUGGAAUGGAGGCUACCCAGGACGAUUCGUUACAACCAGGUCGUCGUGAUACAUUGCGUGAUAGCGCAAUUGAACAGUAUACUGGUGUUGCAAUCAACGUAUCAUUUAGUUCCAAAACCGAUGAAGGAUUGCGCAUGCCUCAGUUAUCUGGAGGACAAAAGUCUUUGGUGGCCUUGACUCUUAUUUUCGCAAUUCAGCGCAGUGAUCCAGCGCCAUUUUACUUGUUUGAUGAAAUUGAUGCAGCACUUGAUGCUCAAUAUCGCACGGCCAUUGCAGAUAUGGUGCACGAGCUGUCUGAGCAUGCACAGUUUAUUACUACUACAUUUAGGCCAGAGCUGUUGGAACAUACGGACAAAUGCUAUGGUGUGACAUUUGUGGACAAAGUAUCUCGCAUUCAAUGUAUUUCCAAGGACGAAGCACGACAGUUUGUUGAUGGUGCAGCACAAUAAUUGCUGUUAUAUUGGCAUGACACAUGCAACAAGUGUAUUCCACUAUUUGAAUAAAUAUAUUUGGCAAUCCAAUCUCAAAA